UUUAUUUUCGUUAUGAUUAGUUGCAAAUUGCAAUAUUAAUCACAAUUUUUACAUCGAUUUGUUAUUUUUUUACGGAAUUUUACAUGGAAUUUAAAUAUUAUGAAAGUCCAAGUUGCAGUUUGGUGUAAAGCUUUUGCCUUCUAGUGUAACUAACUCUUUUAUUGUGUAGUAUUACUUUUCUUUUUCUGUUACAAUUCCCCUACUGUGAUUUUUGCUCCCCUCCCCUCUAUCUAGUUUCUGGUAGUUGAAUCUAGUUUUGGAUGAUUACUGAUAGGGUUCGUUGGCUUCUCAAUUCUGUUUUCUUGGGGCAAGUAAAAUAUAGUACUCCCUCCAUUCACCAAAAAUAUGCAUAUUAUAAUAAUAGACCAGGCUCUUCAGGUUUUGAUGGCAGUUCUGUAGAGAAGCAAGGUUCAAAUGGAAAGGACGAUAAUUCUCAAGCUGUCUCAUCAAAUGAGAUAUUGGUCAGAUUGAAGAGAUACGGUAUCUCUGGAAUUUUGUCCUAUGGCUUACUAAAUACUGCUUACUACCUUACUACUUUUCUGGUCGUCUGGUUUUAUGUCGCACCUGCACCUGCGAAAAUGGGUUAUUUGGCAGCUGCGGAAAGGUUUCUCAAGGUGAUGGCUAUGGUGUGGGCAGGAAGCCAAGUAACCAAACUCAUGCGAGCUGGAGGGGCGCUGGCGCUCGCACCAUUUGUGGAUAGGGGUUUAUCGUGGUUCACUAUCAAGAUGGGGUUCGAGUCGCAAGGGAAGGCAUUUAUGGCGAUUGCCGGCCUUUGCUUCGGUUUGGCGUUCUUGAUGUUUGUUAUAGUGACCUUACUUUGGGCAUAAAAAUCUCCUGUCAUGUUGAUGUGGUAGUUACUCCACAAUCAAACCAGACAAAAAUGAAGCUGCUGCUGCAAUUUAUGAAACGCUUUAAUUUUGAUCAUGAUGUUCGAUAUGGGUUUAGGGUUAUAUAAAAUUGAAACACAUGUACGAGAAACAUGAGAUGUACAUUGUGUCAUUUUCCUACGGAAGCCUACAACAUUUUAAUCAAAAUUCAUGAUUCUUUUUGUUAAA